AACGACACGUGUCUCGAUUGUUCUAUCGGUAACAAAAUUAAAAAUGAAAAGGCUAGUUUCCAAACCAACGUAUGGAAAUGGUGAAUAUUAUUACGAAGAUCCAUUCUCAUCGUCAUUGAAGAUAAUGCAAGAAAAAUGUACCAGUCUUCUACGGCCAAGUUGGAACAAAGCCGACUUGGAAAUCCCUGUGGAUUAUCAGCAAAUUUUCAAACAACAAUCAGAUUUAGACAUAAUACAGUUUGAAGAAAAAUAUUUGCCACAAAAUGCCACUGACAAUGAAAUCUUUUCUAAAUUUACACCUACUAUACCCAAAAUACUGACUAAUACCGACCAUUGUAGGGAUGAUCCAAGCACACUGGAAUUCUCAGAAUUGUGGGAGUUUAGCCCUGAAGUUUUGUCAACCAAAGAUCUGCAGAUUACAAAGUGUGAACCUUUUGGAAAUCUCAUCUAUGAGGAGUCCAGCCCAGCCAACAUUUUUUACGAAGAGGCAAAACAAAUUCCUUCACAACCACUACAGUUUGAUGAUCCUCUGAAAAUGAAUCCAUCACCCCUAUUACCUGCUAUACCAGCUGACAAUUUUUCCCCACAAACAUGCCUUUCACUAGGCAACAUAAAAGUGCCUUUGAAGGAUAUUCCUUAUCCUGAAACACCAUCUUGUGAUUACUUAUUUGACCUCGCUCGUCAAGUUAAUGAUCUAAAUAUUGUCCCCGACGUGAAAGUUAUUGAAAACAAACUUGAAGAUCCUAGGAGUGAAAUGAAUGAAAAACAACAAGUAGCAUUCCUAGUUCCAAAUACUCACUUAGAGGUCACAAAAAACCCGAACAUCCCGGAAGAAUUUAGUGUUAUACCUGUUGAACGCACAAUUGCCGAAUUACCAGGCUUUGCAGCCAGUUCGCUGAAAUUAAUGGAAGCCCAUAUCUAUGGGUGCUUACAAAUUUUAAAACAGACCAACUCUCCUUUGAUUGGAGAUCUGUUGAAAGAAUCGUCACCACUUGCUGAACUGGAUCCAAAAACGACACGUCUAUAUCUCUUAAAAUUACAGCAGGAGAUCAACAGAACUGAAUUAGAUUCUGGGCAAAACCACAAUGAAAAAGAAUUGAAAAAAAUACUACCUACUUUACUCAGCUUACACGGCAUAAACAAGGGGCUCGACUUGUUUUUGAAUAUCGAUUACGAUAUUGCUUACGGAACACUUGCAAAUUUCGAAAAGACCCAUGAAACAGUUCUAGAAGGUGAUUACAAAUCGCUGGUAAUGCAACUUCUACGACUACGUCCAAAAAAACUGGAAGCGUGGCAUCCUAAGUUGGUAGAACUGAAAAGGAUUGUGAUACGUCAGCUCGGUGAAGAUAAAACUAAUCGCAAAAUUUGGAUUCGUCUCUACCGUCAUUCAAGUUUGCUAGCCGAACGCAUCGAACUUUUGUUUACCGAUGUUGGCAUCCAGUGUGAAGUUGAUACGCGGAUCGGGUGUCCAGAAUCCACACCUUUUUUCCCGAAUGGUAGCUACCCCAUCAUUAUUGCAGAAAAAUUGUCCGAAAAUUUCCCGACUAGCUUAUUAUUUCUCAUCAUCCAUUAUGAAUGGUCAUCGACGUGGCCAAUGGAAAAGCACUGGCAAUCUGCUAAUGUCACUCAAAUAGCAAUAGAGAUUAAUAGACCGGUUUGUCUAGAGCAACAAAGCAUUCCUGACCAGCAAACGUGUCCAGUGUCAAUUUCGACUCCAACUCGUCAUCACGAUCUUUCUCCUUCUAAGGAAAUGGAAGUUGAUAGCUCUAUUGAAGACGACUCUGAUGCCAGUAUGGAAAGCGAAUCCUCUUUUAAGCAUAACAAAGAAAAUUCUACAACCUACCUUACACAAGAGCUUUAUCUUAGUAUUCAAGAAGGAACUGGUAUCCAGUUUCUCAACCAGUCCUGUGAUGCAUCGCAGAGUCAUAUCGACGAAGAACAAAAUAUGGAAAAAGUCUUGAGUCAGAGCCCAAAUAAGGAUUCGAUCCACGUAAGCAGUCCGGCUUCAGUUAUGCAGAACAACACUGACAAGUCGUCGUCCACUGGAUCAACCGAUUUCACCCUGCCAGUAAUUGUAUCUGCGCAUCUGAAGAAUAAUGUGGAACUCAUGGAUGCUAUUGAAGCGGACGGGCACCUCGUAGUAUAUGACUGCGAUUACGAAUUUUUAGGUUACACCGCUAAAUAUCAACCCGAUGUCCUGAUUAAUGCAGACACGGCAUUGCUAAUCAUUCAUGAACAGGAAAAAUUUGAAGAAACCCGUUUAAGAGUUUUGACAACGAGUUUGAAAUGCACAAAAUGUUGGAUAGUCGUAUUGGCGCCAGGUGUUAUCUGCUCUUCUAAGCCGCCUUUGCAAUGGCACUCACUUGCCGGUCUGGUCCGCUUUUACGAGAAAAAGGAUCGCAAGAAAUACGAGACUCGAUUUCACUUAAAACUGCGCAUAGCUGUCAACUAUCACCAAGUGGCUUUCAUCAUGAAAGACAUUGCAGAGGACGAGAUCACUCAAGACAUUGAAUCACAUCUGCAGCCCUUGAAUGACGAUGCCAAAUUAUUGUUGCAUUUUCCGCAACUGAAUGCCGUCACUGCGUCCUUAAUCGCACAGCACUUUAGCGCGAAAGAACUACUUUCGCUGCCCGUUGAAACUCUUUGCGAUCGGAUUCCAAGUUUACGUCAAAGAAUCAAAAUUGUUCGCUAUUUUCAUGAAAUGAAUAGUGAAGAACAUGAACUGCAAGUCGAGGACGUGGAACAAAACUCAUCUUUUGGCCAUCUUAAGCACGAUCAACCCUGGCAUCUAGAGACAGAAAGUCUGGGGGAAUGUGGGUCACGCCAGUUGCCAACGCCAAAAAAGAGAGCCAAACUGAACAGUGACUAUCCGGAAGAAAUGGGCACACCUUUUAGCGCUAGUCAGCUUCGAGACAUGUGGUGCUCUCCUUCCCCUAGUCGACCGGUAUAACUUUAUUCCUUGGUAAGAAAUUUUCUUUUCUUUUUUGGGUUUUCUAGUUCAAGUUUAUGCGUAUUAGUCAUUCGCUUCGAAGAAGUGUGAUAAGGUCAACAAAUUUCAUUUGUAGUUCGCU